UGCGCUGAGGGGCCUGGAUCUAUUAUAGAAAGAAAACAAUCAAGAUGGCUGCAACACGGCAGUUCUGGUUACUUGUUGUAAUUUUCACGAUAUUCACGAGUUGGAUCUCUACGAAAGCCAGUUUAAAUAAGAGAAAGAAUGUCUUGGUCAUUAUUGGAGACGAUGCAGGUUUUGAAACACAGGUGUACAACAACAUGGUUUGCAAAACUCCCAACAUAAACGCCCUAGCUAAACGUAGUGUUAUUUUUAGGAACGCCUUCACUUCAGUCAGUAGUUGUUCUCCAAGCCGCUCAGCCAUAUUGACAGGCCUUCCUCAGCAUCAGAAUGGUAUGUAUGGCCUUCACCAGGCAGUGCAUCACUUUAAUUCAUUUGAUGCAGUCAAAAGCCUACCUUUGCUCUUACAGAAGUCAAAUGUGCGAACUGGAAUCAUUGGAAAAAAACAUGUUGGGCCUGAAAUGGUUUAUCCAUUUGAAUUUUCUUACACAGAAGAGCAUCAUUCCAUUCUUCAAGUGGGACGUAACAUAACUCACAUGAAAGAAUUGACUCGCAAAUUUUUUCAAGGAUCACAGGAUGACUCACAACCUUUCUUUUUGUACAUUGGCUUCCAUGACCCUCAUCGGUGUGGGCACACCCAUCCUGAAUAUGGAAAUUUUUGUGAGAAAUUUGGAAAUGGUGACCCAGGUAUGGGCCUGAUACCUGACUGGAAACCUGUACACUACUCCCCUGAUGAGGUGAUCGUUCCAUACUUUGUACAGGACACUCCUGUCGCACGGCAGGACAUUGCUGCUCAGUACACAACAAUCAGCCGCCUUGAUCAAGGGAUAGGGCUGAUCUUGGAGGAGCUUCGCCAGGCAGGUUUUGAGGAGAACACUUUGGUUAUCUAUAGCUCUGAUAAUGGUAUCCCCUUCCCCACGGGUCGAACAAACCUCUUUGAUCCUGGUAUGGCAGAACCCUAUCUUGUGUCAUCCCCUUAUGCCCGUGAACGUUGGGGUCAGUUCAGUGAUGCUGUGGUGAGCCUAUUGGAUAUAGUGCCUACUGUGUUGGAUUGGUUUGGAAUUGAUUACCCCACUUACAAGUUGUUUGGACCCAACAACGUGCAACUGACGGGAAAGUCUGUAUUAUCAGUGUUACAUCAGGAACCGCAGUCAGGAUGGGAUACUGCUUUUGCCAGUCACAACUUACAUGAAGUGACAAUGUAUUAUCCAAUGAGGGUUAUUCGAAACACCUCUUUCAAACUGAUAUACAACCUCAACUACAAGAUGCCAUUCCCCAUAGAUCAAGACUUCUUUUUAUCACCCACCUAUCAAGACCUAUUGAACCGAACCCAAGAAGGGAGACCCACCGGGUGGUUUCGCACACUGGAUCAGUAUUAUUAUCGAGCUGAGUGGGAACUUUAUGACUUGAAGACUGAUCCCGAGGAGCUGACAAACCUGUUUGGUAAACCUGCUUAUAAGGAUGUGUUUAAUGAAUUGCAUGGCAAGCUAAGGGCUUGGCAAAAUAUUACAAAUGACCCAUGGAUUUGCUCGCCUGGUAGUGUACUUGAACAAAAAGGAAGGUUUCCACCUACAGUGGAAAACAGAUUGCAAGCAGCCAUGGUGAAAGUCACUGAGAGUGAUUAUCUUCUUAAGCAGGACGUGCCAGCUAUUUUGAUUGUAAGGAGCUUUCAUAUCAUGGUGAUAGGCUAAAGGGACAAAGAAGUCCAGAUUUAAGCCAUCCACAGGGGAUAAUUAACAUCAAUCCUUUACCUUUAUUUUCUGAGAAUACCAAAAUUUUGUAUAACAGUUUUGUAUAAGAUAUAAUCUAAUAUCUUAUAAUUUGUAGUUGCAGUAAUUUAUAGAAAUGGCUUUAAAAAUAAAAUGGCUGCAUGAGUAAUAGAACUCUGGUCCAGUGUUUAUCCAUCACAUCUUAGAUUAGAGACAGACAAGACAAUAAUAUCCAAACAGAAAGAGCUGAACAGCAUUAAACAUGUUCUCUAGUCACCUAGUAUGUUUCUCUACAUAUUCAAAGAAGCGUACAUAAAUGUUUUGUAUAAUUCAUGACAUUAAGCUAGCUAGGCUGAGGUCUAAGAAAAAUUACAAGGAGCAUAGAGGUUCCUAACCAUGAAAUCAUGGGUGCCCAGCACUUAAGCUUAUGUGGAAAAAGUAAGUUUUUCCAGUUGCCCAAAGGCGAAAUUUAGUCAUCUGUGGCACCUGGGUGCUUCGAGAGCACAGCCCUGGCUAGUCUUGGUGUUAGAAACAGGAUAACAGUUAUGGAUAGCAAACUACCAGGGAGAGUAUAGUGUUGGAACCUCUACAAGGUAACCAAUCUGACAAGUACGACUUAGUGCUUAAGAAUGAUUUUUCUAAGGUUUCUGGUAUAUUCUUUAUGUGUUCCUAGAAUUUAAUUCAAAUGAGGAUAUGCGUAGUACUGUACUUGAUGUAUGGUUGUAUUUAUGUGAUGAAAUGUGUGUCACCAACAAAAUUUGGCAUGUUAUUUACUUUGCUAGUAAAAUCCUGAAUGUAAUAAUAUUCUUUCUCUGCUAAAGUUAAUUUGCGUGCUGUGAUUUCUCUGCCAGUUAGCACUUGCACUUGUCAAACAAAUUGGCCAACAUUUUGGAUAGUCUCCUUCACAGCUCUUGUUUGUGUUGUCACACAAAGCUUUUGUUAUUUGGGUUGUCACACAACACUUCUGCCUGGUUGUGUGAUGACCCCAAUAACAUUACUGAAUAGGAGACUGCAUUUUGAACAGAUGGUGACAUGGGGCUAAAGAUGCAUCAAUUAAUUGUUAAUGUAUACAAACAAAUUGUUUGAGGGAUAGGAAUGAAUACUUUCUGAAAAGGACUCUUAUGAGGAGAGAAUUGACGGUUUAUAAUUUGCUAGUGGGACCUGUAUCCAGUGACAAAUGUCCAAUACAUGUAUAUGAUGGCCUUAAAAUGCAUGA